AGCGACGAGGGAGGGAGGGGGAAGGAGAGGGAGGGAGGGGAUGGCCGCCGCAAUCCGUUGAUCCCCGCUGGUACCCUAGUUGUAGAGAAGGGAGGAUAUGCGAUGGGAGGGGGCAGAGGAUCGGUAGCGGCGGGCCUGGCUUUGGAGGAUGACUAUGCGACGGUGAAGACGUCGGUGUGGUGGGAUAUCGAGAACUGCCAAGUCCCGAAGGUAUGCGACUCGCACCUGAUUGCCCAGAACAUUAGCUCGGCGCUGGCGGCGUUGGGAUACCGCGGCCCCGUCUCGAUCUCCGCCUUCGGAGACACGAACAAGAUACCCCAGUCCGUGCAACAAGCGCUCAAUAGCACCGGCAUCGCGCUUAACCACGUCCCCGCCGGCGUUAAAGAUGCAAGCGAUAAGAAGAUUUUGGUUGACAUGUUACUUUGGGCAGUUGAUAAUCCACCGCCUGCCAACUACUUAUUAAUAUCUGGUGAUCGUGACUUCUCAAAUGCUCUCCACCAACUUAGUUUUCGAAGGUACAACAUUCUUCUUGCUCAACCACCAAAUGUAUCACAAACUCUUGUUGCAGCAGCAAAGAGUGUUUGGAACUGGAAGGACCUUGUGACUGGUGGGAAACCAUUGGCUGUGCCACCUUAUAUUAACAAUGUGUCAAUUGGUAAUCCUGUCAGUGAAGAUAUAAAUUGUCGAUGUUCUGCUGAUCAUGAACGAAUGACUGAAUACCCUAGUGAUCCCACUACAGCAGGAAGUCUAGGCACUCAUAGAAUUUGUGCGAAUGUUAAAGUUGAUAAUCGCACAAAAUGGAAACAAAGGAAACAAUCAAAUCCUACCCGGUCAACUAGUGUUAUAACCUUGACGCCAAGCACGGUCAAUCUGCCUCCAAUAAGAUCAGGUCUUCCAGAUUACGUUAGUAGCCAACAAUUUAGCAACAAUAUGAAAAAUCCUGAGCAAGUGUCUCUCUCAACUAUACCUAGCCCUGAAUUCCAGGAUGAUUCCCAAUUGAAGAAUUCUAUUCCUUUUUAUCAGUCAUCAACUCAAAUGCCACCUUGUCACCCUUCUGAAUCAAUGCCUUUUAAGGUGGCUCCUCAUGAGUUUUUUCAAGGAAACUGUCCUGAUUCUUCUAGUAGCCAUUUAGCAGAAGGAAACUGGCCUGAAUAUUCUAAUGGCCAUGUAGCAGAAUAUACUGCACCUAGGCCUGUUUUUGCUGUAGAACAUGGGAAUAUCUUUUCUAGUAACCAUAAAUCGCAUGGGCCUGAUCCACUAAAACCAAGUGAUUUGCUGCCGCCACAACCUAAUAAUCAACAUGGGAAUUUGUCGUCAGCAAAUUCUCCAAGUUACAACUAUGCUACCUCAAACUCUUAUAAUGACCCGCGAUACUAUUCCCGUGGUCCAUUCAAUCCAUCAAUUCGCCCAUUUAGCCAAUCUGAAGUGGUUAGGCCUGGUGCCUCAGAAUAUUCCAGCAGUGGUAAUCGAAAUGGCCUAUCCUAUAAACAAAACCCAAACAAGCCAAGUAUGAGUUCUUGUCCAGAGAAAAAUGGCUCUUGGAGUUCUGAAUAUAUGCACAGACCUCCACCUCUACCUUCACCAGUAACAAACAAAUUUAUGUCUCAAGAUGGGCUUUCGAAUAACCCAGGGCGCCCUGUGCCAAGUUCUGAGGUUCAGAUUAUUUUAAAUGCCUUGCAUAUCUUAGAAGUUGACAAAAUGAUUCCGACAGAAGCAAAUAUAGCUGAUUGUAUUUGGUAUGGUGAAAUGAAUAUCCAGAAUUUCGACAUUAAGGCAGCCUUAGAUUAUGCUAUUCAACAUCAACAUGUUGUGGUCCAUAUGUUGGGCGGUAAAUUGCCUUUAUAUGUAGAAAAAAACAUUACACUCUGGAAAUGGGUUAAUACUAUGGAUAUUUAUGCUAAACAUCCAAAGGCUACUUGGGAUACAGUGCUUAAGUUUCUAUCGUCAAUAGAAGGACGCCGUUCAGUGGCGGCAUCACAAAGCAGGUAUCAAGCAGCAAUAGCUAUUAAAAAAUCAUGCCUGAACCAUCUUACUUUAGGUGAAAUUCUUCAGAUACUGCAAGCUAUAACUGAUGUGAAAAAGUGGAUUGUGCCUCACCUAUCGGGUUGGCAGCCAUUAUCUUUCAGUUUACCAUAUGCAGAUAAAAACACAGAUAUGGGAAUGAGUGGCAAAUGAGAUAACCGUCCUAAACUAUGAUGAUGCAAAAAAAAAAAUGGAAAUGCAGUUUCAGUACAUGUUAUCUGUAUGCAAAAUCUAGGAUAGCACACCUGAGAUCAGCUCAUUCUCUACAAGUUUGCUACAUAUUGUUAUUUACUGUUAAUCGGUAAAAACUUAUAGAAAUAUGCUAAAUGCUUUCAAGUAAAGCUAGGUAAUUUGGUGGUCAAACACAUUCUUCUGAAUGUGCUACUAGAUUAUGUUAUUAGUUGAAGACAAUGAGCUUGUAUGCGUGCUAUUGGCAAACGGCAUGCCAAAGAUGUUGAGUUGCUGUUAUACUCAUUGAGUUCUUGUACUGAAAUAUGUUUAUGUGAUAUGCUUUUACUAUCAA